GCGAUCAUUGCGUCAUCGCCCCGCGCCGCCACGUGACCCGCACCAUCAUGUCGGCGCUCGGGGCCGUGGAGGCGGCGGCGGGGCCCGGGCCGGGAGCGGGAGCGGGAGCGGGGCUGCCCCUGUUCCGGCCCCUCAGCGCUGAGGACGGCGAGCAGCAGCCGGCGGAGAUCGAGUCCCUGUGCAUGAACUGCUUCCGCAACGGAGUGACGCGGCUCCUGCUCACCAGGAUCCCCUUCUUCAAAGAGAUCAUCGUCAGCUCCUUCUGCUGCGACAGCUGCUCCUGGUCCAACACRGAGAUCCAGUCUGCAGGGAGGAUCCAGGAGCAGGGCGUGCGCUACACCCUGAGCAUCACCUCCCGCCAGGACAUGAACAGGGAGGUGGUGAAGACCGACUGUGCCUCAGCGCGAAUUCCAGAGCUGGACUUUGAGAUCCCUGCCUUCAGCCAGAAGGGAGUGCUCACCACCAUCGAGGGGAUAAUUGACAGAGCCGUGGCAGGCCUGGAGCAGGACCAGCCCGCCCGCAGGGUGACAGACGGGGAGGUGGCAAGAAAAAUAGACGAGUUCAUUGGUAAACUGAGGCUGCUGAAAGAAGUCAAUUCCCCUUUUACCUUUAUCCUCGAUGAUCCUUCUGGGAACAGCUUCGUGGAGAACCCCCGUGCCCCGCAGAGGGACGAGGCCCUGGUGGUCACUCACUACAGGAGGAGCCCCCAGCAGAGUGCCCUGCUGGGACUGGAGGGGGAGGAGGUGGAUGUGAAGCCGCCGGACGCUGCUGAGGACCUGAGGGACGAGGUGCUGCAGUUCAACACCAACUGCCCCGAGUGCAACGCCCCGGCCAGCACCAACAUGAAGUUAGUGCAAAUCCCACACUUUAAAGAAGUGAUUAUCAUGGCCACCAACUGUGAUUCCUGUGGGCACAGGACCAACGAGGUGAAAUCUGGAGGAGCGAUUGAACCGCGCGGCACCAGGAUCACCCUCCGGAUUACGGACCCUUCCGACAUGACCAGGGACAUCCUGAAGUCAGAGACGUGCAGUGUGGAGAUCCCCGAGCUGGAGUUCGAGCUGGGCAUGGGAGCGCUGGGGGGGAAGUUCACCACGCUGGAGGGGCUGCUGAAGGACAUCCGGGACCUGGUGGAGAAGAACCCCUUCACCCUUGGAGACAGCUCCAUGCCCAGCAGGACGGGCAAGCUGCAGGAGUUCCUG